UGAGUAGGCCAUGCCGCCUUUGCGUUUACAGAUCACUUAUCAAUCACUGCAUCUCCAUCUCUCCCAUCAUCACUCUACUUAUCUUCCUUUCUCUUUCCCAAUUAAGUUGACAAGACAUGCACACUUGUCUUCUUUUUCGCUAUGGCACCACCGCUGGCACAAUUCUCAUAGCACCUGGGAAUUUUCGAUACCCACUUGGAAUAUAUCGCUCUAUACCAUGAUCGCCAUCUUCGUCCGCAAGACCCGUUUUGGCAUUUCUCGUAGUCUUUCUUCUUCCACCCUCCAACCCCUUCUCAACGUUCGUCUCCUCUUCCUCUUUGUCCCCACAUAAUACAACUUACAAACCCUUUUCUUUUCUUGGGCAUUUUCCUAUUAGAAGAAGAAGAUCUGCACAGGACGUAUCUGACUUGUUGAGAUUAGCAGCAGCAGUAGUAGUAGUAGUUUUUGUUGUUGUCGUUUGCUAUUGUUUACAUGGAUUCUGCUAGUUUACUUUGUCUUCUCAAUGAGGAUCUUCUUAUCCGUAUUCUAUCCUUCCUUACCUAUGAUUCCGACCGAAAAGCUUUCCGUUUGGUAUGUAAAGCAUUCCACCGAGUUGACUCCCUCCACCGAACCCAUCUUCAGAUCCUUCGUCCGGAGUUCAUCACAACACUUCUCUCCAAAUUCCCAAAUAUUUACUCCCUAGACCUCUCCAUCUGCCCCCAAAUCGACGACUCUGCUGUUUCCAUACUGCUGACCGUGGGUUGUGAUUGGAGUAGGAGGCUCAAAAGACUGGUGCUGAGUCGGUGCACCGGGUUGAGAUCAGCUGGAUUGGAACUGCUUGUGAAGUCGUGUCCUUUUUUGGAGUCUAUUGAUGUGUCCUACUGCUGGGAUUUUGGUGAUAGGGAAGCUGCGGCUUUAUCUAUUUGUGGUGGGUCUUUAAGAGAUUUGAAAAUGGAUAGGUGCUUGGGUGUUACUGAUGUUGGUUUGGCUAAAAUUGCAAUUGGGUGUCAAUGCCUUGAGAUACUUAGCUUGAAAUGGUGUCUUGAAAUUACUGAUCUUGGGAUUGAUCUUUUGUCCAAGAAAUGUACACAACUCAAGCACCUUGACAUUUCAUAUUUAAAGGUUACUAGUGGGUCGCUGCGUUCUAUAAGCAGUAUGGAGAAGUUGGAGUUUUUGGCUAUGGUUGGGUGCGGCGUUGUGGACGAUGAAGGACUGCAUUAUCUUGGAAAUGGGUGUCCUUCGCUUCAGGCACUGGAUGUAUCAAGGUGUGACAGAUUAAGCUCAUCCGCCCUAGCUUUCUUGAUCAAAGGACAUCCCUCGAUGCUACAAAUCCAUGCUAGUUACUCUUUCAGUGAGUUUCCUACUAAAGUCAUCCAAGGGCUGAAGGACCUAAAGAAUCUGAAAACGCUCAUACUUGAUGGAGCACCAGUUUCUGAAUCAUUCUUCAAGAUCAUUAAUUUCAGUUGCAAGUAUUUGGUUGAAAUAGGGUUAGGCAAAUGCAAAGGAGUGACUGACUUGGGCAUUUUCCAGCUGGUAUCAGGGGGUGUUAAUUUAAAAGUCUUGAAUCUCACAUGCUGCAGCGAUCUUACAGAUAAUGCAAUAUCAGCUAUCACAGAUUCUUGCCGGAGUGUUUUGUGCCUCAAGUUGGAGUGCUGCAACUCGCUCACGGAGAAGAGCCUAUAUCGCCUUGGAUUACAUUGUUCCUUACUUGAGGAGCUUGAUCUUACUGAUUGUGUUGGAGUCAGUGACACUGGACUUCAUUACCUGUCUAAAUGUACAAAGCUUGUAUGUCUAAAGUUGGGAUUAUGUACUAACAUUACCGACAAGGGCCUGUACUAUAUUUCUAGAAACUGCAGAGAGAUUCGUGAACUUGAUCUAUACCGAUGCAAAGGAAUUGGUGAUAAUGGACUCUAUGCUUUAUCAAGUGGUUGCAAAAGAAUGCAGAAGUUAAACUUGUCUUACUGCUCUGAGGUCACCGAUAAAGGGAUUGAGUAUCUUGGCUAUCUACCAGAGCUCUAUAACCUCGAGAUGCGUUGUCUUUGGAAUGUCACAGGCACUGGUUUAACAGCACUUGCUACUGGAUGCAAGAGACUUGCUGAAUUGGAUGUGAAGGAUUGUGCUUAUAUCGAUGAUUCGGGUUUCAUGGCUCUUGCUUAUUACUCUAGGAAUUUGCAACAGAUUAAUUUGAGUCAUUGUGCAAUCUCGGAUGUUGGCCUCUGCAUGGUGAUGGGGAACUUGACACGCUUGCAGGAUGCCAAGCUUGUAAACCUUUUCAAUGUAUCAACAAAUGGCCUUGAAGUUGCUCUUCGUGCUUGCUGUGUUCGGCUGAAGAAAAUUAAGGUGGUUGCUUCCCUGAGGCUACAUCUUACACCAGACAUAGUUGAGACAUUGAGUGCAAGGGGUUGCAGGAUUAGGUGGGAUUAGGGCCAAAUAUGACAGCAUUAUAUCCAGUGUGUGUUACCAUUUUUUUUGAUACUAGUGGAGCAUUAUAUCGGGUAACUCUACUCACCAAAAGCUAAAUAUAUGACAGCAUUAUAUGACUGUUGUAGCCACAGCCUCCACUUGCAUGAAUUGGAGUACUACAAUACAUUUGAGCAGUUGAACCUAAAACUCCUCCCAUUACAUUAGUAAAGCAGAAAUUUUCCUUCACGUUGUAAAAGUCCACCUAAGAGAAUUUGCACGGUCUUGGACUCUUCACUUGUGUGGACACAUUGCAUAAAAUUCUUAUGUACUUUGCAGUCUGGAGAUUAACUAUGGAUGUUUAAACAUCUUACCAGUGGAUUUCUAAAGCUAGUGGCGGA